AGAAUGUAAAAUGAAAAGUGAAAGUAUGUCUUCUGUUCCCCAGAGGUAACUACUAUUAGAAAUCCUUCCUGAAAACAUCGAUGCACAUACUCAGGUCAUCACACACCUGGAAUCAUUUUACAUAGCAGUUUAUAAAUGUUACUUAAUAUACUGAUCCACAGUGCAUUUUCACGGUCACGCCAUGGGUUGUAGGAGCGUGCCAAGAGCAGAUGGGCCUCGCCUUUGUACCAGAGGAGUACGUUUACAGUCACAGCAUCCCCUUCACCUAUGGUGGAGGGAAGGAGUCUAUCCCGGCAAACCCAAGCCUCCCCUUGUUGGGGGUGAUGUGGUGAAGCCAGCAAGGGAAGGGACCCCUGGACACCCUCCUCUUCAUGGUUCAUCAUCCCACUGCAACCAUGCAGCUGUGAAAUGCGGCAUCCUUCAGGAGCGGGACGAACACUGGGGAUGCUGCCAACUAUUCCCAUCGCGCGUUUGUGGAUGGGUGGAACAUUUGUGUGCAGGGGUUUGCUCUUACGAGGGCUUAUAGAAACAACAACUGUACAGUGUUUUGUUAUUGGAAUUACUUCUUAUGGUGUUUUUAGGGUAGUUCUCCGGGGAGGUGGGCCCACAUUUGAAUGAGUAGGUGCUCAGGGCUGGGGUGUGCCUGUGCUGCCUGACCAUUGCUGGUAUGUGUGGGUGUGGGGUGACAAAACUUCCUACCCCCGUGAGGUUGUUUUAAGGAUUAAAUGAGUUGAGAUGGGUAAAGCAUCUAACAAAGAUCCAGAUUAUCUAAUAUGUAUCUCCUGAAUUAAUUGCUGACAUAAUGACUGGGGGAUUUUAUCUGUGGCUGCCAGUCCCUGCAAGACUGUCACAUGUCAGCUCAAGCUUUGAACCACACUGAAAUGAAACAGUCCACUUCCCUGUCCCUUUGGGAACAAGGCUUCGAGGUCUGCGGCAAGCCUCAGCAGGCAUUUGGAGUUCAAGAAGUAAUUGAACAUACAGAAUUUUGAAAAAUGGAUUACCCUGCGCAUAGUAUUCCGCAUGGUGUCUUUUCAUUUUAUCAGCGGUGGCCCCUUCCCUCGCCAAAACAGUCGACCUCACUGUGACAGAAGUAGAGCUCCACGCUGGGCAACCCACUCCCACGGAGGGACAUUCAGGUGCUUUCCAGUCACUUGCACAACAGUGUUGCGUGCGUGUGCCUCCGGGCCCGGAAGAAACUGCGUUAGCGUGCAGCAUUAAACAAGCCACAUGGGCCGGUGAAAAAUGAAAGCAAAAUAAAAACCAGUUGAAAGGCGGCAGAAAACCUGUGUGAAUACUCCGUAGCUCUCCUGCCUGGUUUCCAGCCGCGGACUCUGCUGUUCCGUGCGACACCUGCUCCCGGGGUCCAAGCGGACCCGGUUCACCCAGGUUGCUAAGCCGAGUGCCUCCCCGUGCGGCCGCCCGGGGGCGCCCCAAGCGGACCGAGCGCCGCCGCCGCCCAGGAGAAUUGAGGGCGAGUCUUUCCAGAUGCCGGACCCUGCUCGCUCCCGGGCUGCCAUCGCGGCUGCGUCACUCUCACGUCCCAGCAAUUCGGUGUGUCUUGGCCUCCGGCCCCACUUACCUGGGAGUGCCAGGGAGCACCCGCCCCCAGCGCGAUCCCCUCGGUCGCACACAGUGGGCGCUAGCGGGGGUCAUUGUGGUCCGGCCUCCUCCCACCCUUCCCAGGGUCCUCCAGGGUGGCGCCAUCGCCAUUCGCGCCCGCCUCCAGCCGGCCCAUUCCUGCUGCUUUCUACAGGGUUGUCUCUGCCCCAUGCCCUCUUGUGGUCGUAGGCAUCUGGCGGCCCGGGAAAGACAGAAAGAAGCUGCCACAGGAGCCCAGACACCCCGGGGACCUUCCUCCCCUUAUCUCCUCUCUGGAUUCGGGGGUCUCCCACCAGCCACUGUGAGGGCGAGAAAGAGAAUAGCUGAAUGGAGACUGGGGAGGACCCCAGGUCUCAGAAAAUGAGGGGAGUCAGGACUCCCGCAGGGGAGUCGGUGCAAGGCCUGGGGUGGGAGAAGAGUGGCAGGCAGAUGGGAGUCCGGGACCACAUAUCUGCAGGGGACAGGCCAGUCCUGUGCAGCCUCCAGGAAGGUGUGGGUCACACUGGGACCAGCCAGCUGGACCUGGGUGCGGCGCCUGACUCCCCUCCUGUGACCUGGACAUUGCCCAGCUAAGCAGGAGCUUCUACUCUGUCAGCUUACAGCUCAUCUGAACCUGCUUAGUCUGUCUUCCUGUCGUGUUAACCUUGCGGAGGGGCAAGAGCCCGACUCUCCACCCCACUUCCAUCACUCUUGGGUACCUGAUCCACCUUCCACCCUCAUGGGCAGGGAAGGAGACAGGAAGGUCACCAAUCCAACCAAGCCACAGUGCCAAAUCCUGUUGGUUCAUUUGUUAUCGCCAGUCGGGUUAUGUUUUCAAACCAUGGACAGAUUCAUAGUUGCUAGUGAAUGUCAAAUUUCAAAAUGAGGGAGUCCUAAUAGGGUGACUUGUGCAUUAGGUAGCUGUAGGCAAGCCAUUUACUUUCUCUGAGCUUCAAUAUCCUUGUCCUAAUAAAAGGCAUCUGUGGUUAGCUCCGAGCACAUAUUUAGGGUGAACUUUUGCUCUAAAUAUGAGCAGGUGGGUUCCCUCCUGGCAGAAGGCAACAUCCUGCCCUUCCAGCGUGCUUCUGAUCAGGGCACAGAGAAGAGCCGGUUCAUCUUCUUUCUUUUUGGUCAACUCCAGAUAUCUGCAACAAACAACAAGAUUAACAACCAUUCAAAUUGGCCCCUGGAGGGUUUAUCUGUCAGGACACGCAUGGCUGUAUGAUCUUAUUAUAGGCCAAAUGGAUGUCUGCUUCCUUUCUGUCCUGAAAUUCCACGAUAAAAUCCCCUCCAGUUGUCUACUGAUUCCAUUUUGUUUUCUUUCUUGGCUAUAAUACAGAUAGGAGGGAAAAUCUUUCUUCUCCCAAGGCAAAGUUUUAAAACACAUCACCUCAGAAUGCCAAGUGUUCUGGAAAAGAAGAAAGAAAAGAAGAAAAUUGGCAAUGAAGGAGGCAGCAGAGAGAGAGGGGCUGAGGGGGCUGAGGGGCUCAGCAGCUCCUGCCAGGCUCCUCUGGUCUCUGUUUGAAAUUGGCUGAAAAGACAUGGAACUUAGUAGGCAAAGCUGCCUCCUUCUCCUCCUCUUAUCUGCAGAGGAGAGAUCGGUUCCCAGCUGGCCAGGGCAGUGUCAUCGAUACAGCUGGUGUCAUUGUUACCUUCCACUAACAGAUCACUUGACACCUACUGGCCCAGGCAGGGCUGGGUAUUGCCUGGCUGAGCUGGAGGCUUGGGCCCUCCUCAUUGUCCCAGAACCCCAGGUGAGGCCAAGACAUGAGCUCUGCUGGGAUGCUGUGCUUAGUGACACAGCAAAAGGACUAGAUUGCUCCUGGGGGCUGCUCCACCUUGCAGAGUCCCAGCUGCCCCUUUGGUUCCUGUUGCCUGGCCUCUUUAGCUAUCCUGGGUAGAGGAGAAGAGUCUGUUGCUGGCUGUGAGCUGAGGCCAACUAACGAUGCUGCAUAGAGAAGGGGCACCUGCAUAGAGAAGUGGUCCUGGAUUGACGAGUGGAGAGCCACCCUUCAGUCGUUCUGCCUGGCCCUGCUUCUUCAGCCAGCUGCCCUUCCGGUGCGGGCAUCCCAGGCGGUAUCAUGCUGCAGCAGAUCCUGCAUGACAUGUACAUCGACCCCGAGCUCCUCGCCGAGCUCAGCGAUGUGCAAAAGCACAUCCUCUUCUACAAGAUGCGGGAGGAGCAGCUGAGGCGCUGGAGGGAGCGGGAGACUUGGGAGGCCCUGGCCCAGGACGAGGGUCUCAGGCCUCCAAAGACCAAGCGAGCGAGUAACAAGCACAUCCAGUGGCUCCUAGGGGAAGAUGGUGAGGUCUGGGUCUGGAUCAUGGGAGAAGGCCCUGGUGACAAGCCCUACGAAGAGAUCUCUGAGGAGCUGAUUGCAGAGAGGGCACGGCUGCAGGCACAGAAGGAGGCUGAGGAGCUUUGGAGACAGAAGGAGGCAGAGAUCACCAAGAAGUUCCGGGAUGCUCUGGCCAAUGAGAAAGCCCGGAUCCUGGCGGAGAAGUGGAAAGUGGAGAUGGAAGACCGCAAGGCUGCCAAAGUCCUGGAGGAACGCAUCCACGAGGAGUUCAAGAGGAAAGAGGAAGAGGAGAGGAAGCGAGGAGAAGAGCAGAUUCGCCUCCAGGAAGAGCAGAGGGCAAAGGAGCUCUACUGGACUCUGAAGCAUGCGCAGCUGCAUUGCCAAGCCAGUGAGAAAGAGCAGCGAGAGUGGGAAGAACAGCUGCGCCGGUCCAAGGCAGCUGAUGAGGAGAGGAGCCGAGAAGCCCAGCGCGCCCGGGACGAGUACCGACGCCACUCGCUCCGUGCUAUCCAGAAGGGCACGGUCGCCGGCCUCAGCUCCAUGUUCCAGGAGCUCGGCCAGAGCCAGGAGCAGGAAGCAAGACUCUACCAUCACCUCCCGGGCCCGGGUCCGCCGCCGCCCCUCGCCCUGACGGUCAGCAGGACCUGGGAGCGCCCGCUGCGCCCAGUCUCCAGAGACAUCAUCGUCCGCUGGUUUCAGGAGGAGCAGCUGCCUCGCCGAGCUGGCUUUGAGAGGAACACCAAAUUUAUUGCCCCCUGGUUCCACGGAAUCAUUAGCCGAGAAGAUGCGGAAGAUCUCCUGGAGAACAUGACUGAGGGAGCAUUCCUGGUCCGGGUCAGUGAGAAAAUCUGGGGUUACACCCUCUCCUAUCGCCUGCAGAAAGGGUUCAAGCACUUUCUUGUGGAUGCCUCUGGGGAUUUUUACAGCUUUCUGGGAGUGGACCCCAAUCGCCAUGCAACGCUCACGGAUCUCGUUGAUUUCCAUAAGGAGGAAAUUAUCACUGUUUCAGGAGGAGAGUUGCUUCAAGAACCCUGUGGACAGAGGGACAGCCCACCAGACUACCAUCUGUUGUUUGAAUAAUUUUUUUUUCCUUAUCAGUUGGAUGCUUUGGGCAUCCUGUUUUUGAACUCAGCUUAAGAACUUCUGAACUCAAAUCCUAUGGCCUUCUGGAAGAUCCACAACUAUCCAGAGGAAAAAGUAGAUUAGUAUGUCUCAAGGGAUAUGACAUAUGUGGCAUAGGGCUGCUGGUCUUAUUCCCAGUGAUCGGGACAGAAAUUGCUAAUAGCUCAUGCAACUCUUUCAUGAAGAGCUUAGCAAGAAACAAAAGCCUGUUCAUCAUGGCUUUUGUAAACUGAGCUCUUACAGUGUGUGGACCAUGUUUUAAUAAUCCAAAAGAAUUCCAGUGCCGAACCCUGAAUUUAACAUAUGGUAGACAUUCAGUAAAUGUUUGUUGAAUGAAUGCACUUUUAAAAGUUUUCCAACAAAUAAGCAGUGAUUUAUUUUAAAUUAUUUCCUACUUGCCACUCUAUAAAAUCAUGAUGAUAAUAGAAGAUUGUAAAGGAAGUCUAUGGAGAACAUAAAUGCUGCAUCGUUCAUAAUCGCCAUUAUUACUCUCAUUGAUGUUGUCAUUGGAAUUAUUAUCUAAGGUGGGCCCCAGUUUGCAGGCCAGCUGGUUGACACUGUUCUUCCUUCCUUAUUUAACCUCUUCUUUUGCUACUUUCCUGUAUCUUUGAAUCAUAUCUUGUUUCUGGUUUUGCAGUGGUUUUAUGUAAUCCUGCAGACAUCGUCAAAACCUGGGGUGAACUAUAAAUGCAAGAAUGGUUCUUAGACAUCUGAUAAGGCCUAUGCUCUCUGGAAUGCGGCCCUAUCUAUGCAGGUUACUCCAGUUAUUAGCUCUGUCCUCAUUGUCCUUUUAAUUCUCUUGUCAACUGAAUCUCAGUAUGUUUCUUAUAUUAACAAGAAGACUCACCCAAUACCUCCUCAAUGGGUGAUGGUAUCUGUUGGUCCAUACUUUGUUUCCACAGUUAUGGAUAUAUACACAGAGAUAGUGUAUGAUGAAGAUUAUAGUCUUUACAGUCAAGAAGACUUGGGUUCAGAUUCUCAUCCUACAUUGUGUUUGGUAAGAGGAAAAGGAUGAAUGGACUCUAGGGAUGUUAGGGAACAAUUUACUUUACUUGAUGGCUGUAUCAAACAUCUCCUGUGCCCCACUUCUUCUCUUGCCUCACCUGUUCCUCAGAUCCUUGGUCACUUGUCUCCCACCAGCCACCAUCACUAUAACCAGCUGUACAUGAGCUCUGCUCUUCCUCCCUGUGUUGGUCAGCAUUACAUGAGCAUAAGCCAAUGGUACCUUGCCACGUGUUUCAUCUCCCAUUGCUGCAGAGGAAUAAAACGGAAGAGAUGGGAAAUGAAUGCCCCAUGUGAUAAAUCUUGGAUGAAUGGGAAUCACAGGCUGGUAGAUCGCUGCUUCUCCCUUCUUCCUGGAGGAACUAGUCUGUGAGACAUCUAUUUGUAUGUUCUUUUAGAAGACAGUCCUGCAAAAUGGAGCAACCAGUCAUGAUGAAACCAAGUGGUGGCUGGAUCAGUAUGACACCCCCCUGUCCCUGUUUGUUCCUCCUUCUCUGCCUUGCCUCUCCUGCUGCUUUGGGAUUGCACUUCUGAAUGAAGUAGCAGCUCAUAAACUUUUGCCACAGGCUCUGCCUUUUGGGGAAUACAGGAUAAGAACCUAUCAUACAGAAGUGUUCAAUAAUAUCAAGUUUGCAACUCAGCUCCAUGGCUUCCUCCAGUCUGCCUGUCUCACUAAAUGCGUAAAGUGAAAUGAUGGAAGGAACCUGCUUUUUGAACUCUAACGUGCCUUAAAACCAUAACUGAUUAUCACUAAAAUUGCCUUAUUUUAUGGACUCAGUAGAACCAUGCUUUAGUUUUGGCUCUUUGAUUUACCAACUAUGUGACUUUGUUCAAGUCAUUUAACUCCAGUAAACCUCAGUAUGACUGAAAAGGGAAAUUUCUGUAUGGCCGUCACCAGGUUUUUUUGCAGGUCAGUUAAACAAUAAAGAUGAAAGCUCCGUCCAAAUGAAAAAGGUAUUUCUAACAACAACCACAAUAAAAACAAAAACUUAGUACUUAGCUGUGAUGUGUCAGGGGAUAUGAUGUGAUGAUUUUCAAGGUGUUGGAAGAAACUCCUGUUCCAAGAACUACCAGCAGCUUUGAAAGCAGACCAAGAUGGGUUGAGACCCUGAAUCCCUGGGCUGUUGUUCUUGUCACCCCUAAUUAAUAUGUGAGAGACAACAGCUGAGUUUUCCAUCCCUAACACAUUUAUUUCAUUUUAUUUGGGGCCUGCACUUUCUACAUGUCUCAUAUAUUUUAGGUUUUACCUUUUUACCUGGCUUUAAAAUAAAUCCCUUGUAAGUUGUCCUGCAGAUGAAAUUACUGUCUGGAAAACUGCAGUUUCAUCUUGAGAGUUUUAUUAUGCUAAUAAAUGUCAGGAUUCUCAAAU